AAGGUGGGUGUGGAUUCGUCGUUCGCCUCCCUCCUCCUCCUCCUCCUCCCACCACCACACAACGAUCGGUUAUAUAUAUAUAUUCGCUCUCAUUACCCACUAAGAAACGAACACCCCGCCCCCCACGUGCGUGGGUCCGGGUCACGCCGUAAAUCCCACCUCACGCCCCCUGAAAACGCCUACAGUAGUCAAGAGCAAGGUCUAGGUGACUCUAGUCCUAGUGGGUCCUGGGACUAAAGAACCAACCAUGGUCGUUACGUCGCGCCGAUAGCAUGCGAGCCAGAGAGCCAGCCAGGACACUUAAAAAGUUUACAACCCAGGUCCAAAAGACUGCUUAUUAUACCACCGGGUAUCAUCCACCACGCGAUACACCUGUAGGAGAGAGGAUACCUGGGUUUCAUUAACACGUUCCCACUUUUCCUUGAAGUUGGCACUAAAUGGACAAUAUACCUCGUCUGGCGACCCUCUGGACUUUGUAUGUGGGAAAGAACUCCUUCGCUUGUGACGCUCUGGACUUGAUAUGAGGGGAAAACUCCGCGCGGGAGAACAGCUUCUUCUUGUGGAACUGGUCGGAGGUUAUACGUAAGUGCUGGUCAGUGUGGUGCGUCAGUUCAUGGCAUUUGAAGUCCCUCUGAGAGCAAUUCCGUGUCGCGAUGGAUGUGUAAAUAUUGAGCGGUGACGGCACUGGUGAUCUUCUGAGCGUGAGUGACGAAGUGCCGAGUUACGUAAGAGGUACGGAAUAUUUUUUGAAAAAAAGGAAAAGAAAUGUUUUCUGCUCUCCACUUCCAGUUCGUGAGAAUAUGGUAUUACUUUAGUAAAUGAACAGUUAAAUGUACGCCCCAGACUUAAUCAUAUUAAAUUUUAUUGGCUUAAACAGGAGAAAAACUAUAUAAAAAUUCAGAAUUCUGAAUAUUUUAGAAGAAAAGAAAAGAAUACUUUUAGGUCUCCAUUUCCAGCUGUGAAUGCCAUUUCGUGUGAAUAUGGCAUUACUUUAGUAAAUGAACAGUUGAAUGUACCCCCAAACUUAAAUAUAUUGGAUUUCAUUGCUUGAAACAAGAGAAAAACUAUAUAAAAAUACAGGUUUCUGACUAAACUGCAACACGAGUUAUAGACUGACGCUUCAAGACUUCAGUAGAUAUUGAUCUCGUUUCGUACGGGAUCUACCGAUGACCUGGUGAAUUAAAGUAUGCUUCCUCGUCAUCAAUCAAGCCUUUUGAUACAGCGUUGUGCUUCUAAAGGCUUGAUAUGUCCCCACCACCAUGUGCAGGCGCUUUCACCGUAAUUCAGAGAGCGAAAUGUCAGUGCUCUGUGACUAAUGGCCUACACCGAGACCGUGCGUGUGUGGUGCUCUCACAAAAAAACGAAAAGAGAAUAGUAGUGUUAGAUUCUAUUUUCACUAGAGCGACUAAGUGCCUAGAUAAUAAUAAAAAAAAGACUCGCAUGGAAUAUACGUAAAUGUAACUUGAUAUAUAAGAUAAAUAACAAAUACAUGAAUAAAAUUUCCGUAACCACCUCAGUUAAAAAAGAAAUUCGCAUGGACUAGUAUACGUAAAGGUAAUUUGAUAUAUAUAAUAAAUAACAUAGAGAAUACAUGAAUAUAAUUUCCGUAAACACCUCUUUGACAUGAAAUGAGUAUAAUACGCGACGCAGGAAAUAUGGUGACUUUUCAAAGCGAGAUAUGACUUCAUUUUCACGCACUUUUAUGAAAAUAAACGAAAAACACACGCAUUGCAAAAUGAACGAUUUCCAGAUAUACUUCUGUUUUCUCUUGCUAUCCGCCAACGCUGUGACGACAUUAUACGGGCCACCACAGAGAAGUUCUUCUUCUUCUUCUUCUUCUAACGGGUGGAAUGCGGCUGCAGACCCCCAACCCUUCUUCGGGAACUCCCCCUCCAACAGGACGAUUCUCACGGGGCAGACGGCCUUCCUGGAGUGCAAAGUCCACCUGCUCGGAAACAAAACUGUGACCUGGAUGAGGGUACGUGACUUCCACAUCCUGACGAUAGGUUCUGUUUCCUACACCGCUGAUGAAAGGAUACAGGUAUUUCACGACCAGAGGAACGACGGCUGGACGCUCCAGAUCCGUUAUAGCCAGCCGAAAGAUUCCGGUGUCUACAAAUGUCAAGUGAAUUCCUACCCGAAGAUCGUCAGGAAUUUCUUCCUCAAGGUUACUACAAAAGACGAGUUUGAAGGCCAGCUCUACCGAAUGGCGUCGUCAAACAGGAAAUACGACGGUUACGACACCUGCAUCACGGGCCCUCGGGUGAGGUUCGUGGACCCUGGGGCCACCCUGACACUCGAGUGUAUCGUGACCUACGUCAAGAGUCCUCCUCCUUCGCUCCUGUGGUACAAGGAUAAUCACCUCUUGGACUAUAACUCCCCCAGGGGAGGUAUUUCUCUCAAGCUGGAGACGAGUGGAGAUCAGACUGUGUCGACCCUCUUGCUGUAUUCCUUUAGGCCUAAGGAGGACUCUGGGAACUACACUUGUCUUCCGUUUAAUGCCCCGUCGGCCUCCACCUUGGUUCAUGUUGAAAAAGAUAAGAUCGAGGUUUCUGAAGUUCAAUAUGAAUACGGGAAUCUAGCCGCAGUCAUAUCAGUGAGUUUUACUACUCUGGCGCUCUCCCUGAUGCUGGCGACAGAUUUCGAUCUCUGCUGAUGUGUUUUUUCAACGUUUGUCAACAGCCACACUUAAGAUACAUUCGUGAAGGCACCGAAAGCUGGCGAACUGCUUCAACUGACGAAAGCUGAUGUUGUUGUGACUGCUAGAAAGGAUAAUGUGGGUAAUGUUAUGAUGCUGAAAAAGACAAUGUGGAUAAUGUAUUGGUGCUGAAAAUGACAAUUUGGAUAAAGUUAUGGUGCUGAAAAUGACAAUUUGGAUAAAGUUAUGAUGCUGAGAAUGACGAUGUGGAGAAUGUUAUGAUGCUGAAAAUGACAUUAAGGAUAAUGUUAUGAUGCUGAAAAUGACAUUAAGGAUAAAGUUAUGAUGCUGAAAAUGACAAUUUGGAUAAUGUUAUGAUGCUGAGAAUGACGAUGUGGAGAAUGUUAUGAUGCUGAAAAUGACAUUAAGGAUAAUGUUAUGAUGCUGAAAAUGACAAUAUGGAUAAUGUUAUGAUGCUGAAAAUGACAUUAUGGAUGAUGUAAUAAUGAGGUAAAUGACAAUGUGGAUCAAGUUAUGGUGCUGAAAAUGACGAAGAGUAUAAGGUUGUGCUGCUGAAAAUGACAUUGUGGAUAAUGCUAUGAUGCUGAAAAUGACAAUAUGAAUAAUGUGAUGAUGCUCAAAAUGACAAUGUGGAUCAAGUUAUAGUGCUGAAAAUGACGAUGAGGAUAAAUCUAUGCUGCUGAAGGUGAGGGUAAUGUUAUGGCACUGAAAAUGACAAUGUGGAUAAUGUAAUGAUGCUGAAAAUGACGGCGUGUACCUUAUUAUGCUAAAAGUGACAGAGUUGACAACGUUGCUAUUUUGCACCAGACAAAGUGGAUAGCCAAGUGAUGCUAAAAAUGACAAAGUUGACAAAGUGGAUAACACUCUCGCAAUGUAGCUACGACUAAGUGGCCUGAAGAUGCCCUGUAAAGGUGUUUCUACACUGUAUGAAAACAUGUCCUAAACACAUGCCAGCAACUUAACGCUCACACAUCACAAACAGGCAGGAUACAAGUCAGUAACUUAUCUCUAAUCCUUAACUAGUGUUUUAUACGAUUUUCCAACAUGGCCAAAGAUGCGUUCCUCACUUAUAGUCGUAGACUUGUUUUCAACUUGUCUGUAAUAUGUAUGCAUUAAGUUGUCAACAGGUUUAUGAGAUUUAUAAAGCGCAUUUGGAGAGAAUCAGUGAUGGGUCAGCACCUGGAGACGAGAUACAGUAUUCUGGUGGCAAAUUUGACCUGCUUUAUACAUUUUUGUAUUCUUGCCUGGAAUUUUACAGGUAAAAUAUGGGAAUAUUAAUUAGAAAAUGACAAUCUUAACUGUUCUAAGUUUUCCCAACAGGGGACGCCUAUGAAAAUAUUUUUCCAAUGAUAUUUUUGUCAUGAUAUUUUUACGAAGAUUUUUCCAGUGUAUUUUUCUCAAAUAAUCCAUUUUAGCGAAGAUAUACACGAAGCCGAAGAGCAGAGUUAUUUUAAUAUCAUAAUUACCUUUUGAUAUGAUAAUUUUGAAAAGGUUAAUUUUGGUCAAUAGAAACACUGUUAUAAUGUAACCAUCAACCUCUGGAUUGCUUAGUUAAUAUAUAUACUGAAUCAGUCGUAAUCAUGAUAACUGAUAUUUGUGAAAACCUUCAAUAAUAUUUACAUAUUACAUCUUGGAAUAACUUAGGUGUGUGAGUGCUUAGUUACGCAUAGAGUUGUAUGUAUACACUUGAAUGUUUAGGUGUAUACACGCACACGUAAACCUGCACAUAUAUAUGUGUAUAUAUACAUUAUAUAUUGUGUAUCUAUAUACAUACAUAUAUAUACAUAUACCUAGUGUGUAUACAUCAUGAUAAUUAUGUAUAAUGUAAUAUUUUAAAAUAAAACUUCCCUAAUGUCUUGAAUUAUAUCAUAAACAUCAUUGUAUAAUUCAUGAAA